AUGAGAUCAGCAAAUAAACACCUGAUAUUUAAACAGCUCCUUUGUUGUUUGCAAACUGGCCAUUUAUUAGAACUUCAAGGAAUAGAAAGUUUUUCUAGAGCCAGAGAAUACUACGAACGAGCACUAAGUUUAUAUGAAAAUAAAGUAUUUCCACGUGAUGAGAUUAAUCUGUCUUUGUGUCACGCUAUUAUUGGUAAUUGUUAUUUUAAUCGUGGUGAUGAUCAAAUGGCAUAUGAGUGCCCGUUCGAUAGUUAUGGUUUGACACAAUUAUAUCUUGGACAAAUUAUAUAUAAAAACAAAAAUUAUAAUCAAGCAUUAAAACAAUUACAUUCAGCAGAAAAAUUUUAUGAAACAAAAAUUAAAGAUGAUUCAAAAUUAGCAGAAUGUUCUAGCUUUAUUAGUAUGAGUUACUUUAAACUAGAAAAAUAUCAUGAGGCGCUAGAUUAUGCAUUGAAAACAAUAAAAUUAUUAUUACAACCGAAAGAAUCAACAACAAAUACACAGCAAUUAACAACAAAUAAUUUAUCGUUUUUAAAACAACAAACUGGUUUGAUGCAAAAAGAUGUGAAGCAAUCCACUCUUGUGGGUGAUCAAAAAGUUAUUUCAGAAACAUACAGAUUCAUUGGCGAUAUAUAUGAAAAAUUAGAUAAAAAUGAACAGGCUAUAUCAAAUUAUGAAGAUUCUUUGAAAAUAAGUGAAAAUCUUACUCCGAUAUACCAAUCUGAAACAGUAAUCACAUACACAAAAUUAGCACAAAUUUAUCGAAAAAUGAAUUGUCAUGAUGGUGAAGCAAUGAAUUAUUAUACAAAAGCGCUAAAACUAUUGAGAAGACUCUAUUUAACAAUCAGUGGAUAA